CACUCCUACCAGGACGUAUUUCCUCGGGCACAAGCGCGCGCUGGAGCCUGCCGUUUUAUUAACGCACAGGUUUACUGACACAGCACUGGAUCUACAAAGGACCCAAGGACACAGACUUUUGAAUCUAGUUAGCCUGAUUAAAAGCAGCUAACACUGACAUCAUUUUAUUGUACGGCUCCCUAAACGGAUGGUAUCGUAAUAAAAAAAAAAGAAAGAAAAAAAAAGUUAUCACUCGGGGGAGAAUCCUUUGCGUAAAAAGGGACCGAGUAUGAAUGAUGUAUUGCGCAGAAUCUCGGCUCAUUUAGCCUACGAUUAAUUUACCGGAGAGAAGCGCAUCUCCAUCUCGUGGGAUGCGAGCGGGGCAUGUCUUGGCUGAAUGCUGUUGCACGGUUUUGGUUAGACGGUGCCAAACUUGCGCAAAGAGCCCGAUUCUGCACAAGAACUGAUCGUUGCCAGUAAGGUGACCGAAAGCACACAAUGUCAGCCAUACGGCGGAAAUUUGGCGAGGACUACCAGGUGGUAAACACCAACCGGAGCAUGACUUUUUCCGCGCCGGUGAAGAAAAAGAGGCAGCGAUUUGUAGAGAAGAACGGCCGCUGCAAUGUCCAACACGGUAACCUUGGGAGUGAAACCAGCAGGUACAUCUCUGAUCUAUUCACCACGCUGGUGGAUCUAAAGUGGCGCUGGAACCUGCUCAUCUUCAUCCUCACGUACACGGUGGCGUGGCUGGUCAUGGCUUCGAUGUGGUGGGUCAUCGCUUACAUCCGCGGAGACCUGAGCUACGGCGGCCACAACUCGUCCUACACCCCGUGCGUCGCCAACGUCUACAACUUUCCCUCUGCGUUCUUGUUCUUCAUCGAGACCGAGGCGACCAUCGGCUACGGCCACCGGUACAUCACGGAAAAGUGUCCUGAGGGUAUCAUCCUCUUCCUCUUCCAGUCGCUGCUGGGCUCCAUCGUGGACGCUUUCCUGAUUGGCUGCAUGUUCAUCAAGAUGUCGCAGCCCAAGAAGCGCGCGGAGACGCUGAUGUUCAGCCAGGACGCGGUCAUUUCGCAGCGGGACGGGAAGUUAUGCCUCAUGUUCCGAGUGGGAAACCUGCGAAACAGCCACAUGGUGUCCGCUCAGAUCAGGUGCAAACUCAUAAAGUCUCGGCAGACCCCAGAGGGCGAGUUCCUGCCUCUGGAUCAGUGUGAACUGGAUGUAGGUUUCGGGACGGGGGCGGAUCAGCUCUUCCUAGUGUCACCUUUGACUAUCUGCCAUGAGAUCAACAGCAACAGCCCGUUCUUCGACCUGUCACAGCGCUCGCUCAUGAACGAUGAGUUUGAGAUUGUUGUCAUUCUGGAGGGCAUCGUGGAGACCACUGGUAUGACAUGCCAGGCAAGGACAUCUUACACUGAAGAUGAAGUCUUGUGGGGUCAUCGCUUCCUCCCUGUCAUGUCUCUUGAAGAGGGCUUCUUCAGAGUCGAUUACUCCCAGUUCCACAACACCUUUGAAGUCCCCACACCUCCCUACAGUGUCAAAGAGCAGGAGGAGAAGUCCUCCCUGACGUCACCCAACCCCCUGCCUGUUGCGCCUACUCCCCCUUCGCCUCUGCUGAGGAACAGCAGCCGAGUAGGCCGCAGGGAGAGGCUCCUGUCAGCUGACAAUGCAGAUCAUGUAGACGAUCAAGUCUCCAGGCUGCCCAGCAAACUCCAGCGCAUGAGCUCCAGCAGGGAGGAGCAUCUCUGGAGGGGGCUGAAGACUGGGUCAGCCUUGCCUGGGGGGAAGGCCUCCAGCACAGGAGAUCUGCCGCUUAGUAUUCAGAGGCUGAGGUCCAGCUCCAUCCCUGUAGUGAGGCAAGGACAUCCGGAGGAGCAAGUCCAGCUGUUGUCUUUGGAUGGAGAAGCUGAGGAGAGUGAGCUGGAGAAGCACAGAUUGCCCACAGCCAUUAGCACCAUUGCUGCUCCAACCCCAGCACCAGUCCAAAUCUCCUUGGUAGGGAGUCGGCCAGAGGACAACUUGCCUCCCAAACUGCGCAGAAUGAAUGCUGACCGCUGACAUCUGCAAACUACCUUCAGGACUAAAACUAAUUUGAAAAAUUUAUCAGGCUUGAUGGGCAUUGCAUAUAAGUAAAGUCUACUGUGAUCUAGUUUUUUUUUUUUGUAAUUUCUGCAGAUUCUCUCCAGUUUUCAGUAUUUCUUAUCAGGCUCUUUACUAAGUUGUCCAUUGCCACAAAUAGAAGGACAACACCAAUAAGCCAUCCAUCCGCUCAUACUGUGACUCAGUUUUGAUAUAUCACCAUCUGUGCCCCCCACUGACUUUUAACACUUAUGUCCUUGUGCUUGUUCCUUUCAUUUCUUUUCCCAGAAGUUGCAUCAAAGACUUUCUUAUGGCCUCAAACUGCUGUAUCCACUUGUUUUUAAUUGAACAAGCACCAAAGUGGCAGUUAUAAAUCAGACUGAUCAUUUGCUAAACCAGCUCCCUUAAAACAGUGACUGUCCAGUGGCUGCUUAGCAAAGAUAACCAGGCACGGCAAGUCUGUCAAGCUUUGGAUUCACUUAUUAUUCUUGAUUUCUCAUAUAAUAAGUGUGCAGUGGUGUUUAAAUUAAGCCUUUACCAAACAUAAAACAAUGUGCAAAAGGAUAAGAAAGUGUUUUAGAGGUUUGCUCAUUUGUAUCAAUGUAAAAUUUAUCUGUAGCAGAUGCUGUUUGCUACAGGACAACCUACUGUAGUAGUCAAAUACUACCUAAUCUCUAAAAACAGAUUUUGCAUAUGAAUAUGUACAAUCUAUAGGCAAGACACAACAUUUCUGUACCAGAACACUCUGGCACACUCUGGUUUCUUUUUGUAGUCUUUUUGUAGUCCAGGUGCACUUUACUGGCAAUGCGCCGAUAUGAUAUUUGGAUCAGAUUUUGGUCCGAGCCUAAUUCUAAAGGCUGGAUUGGAUAUUGUUUAAAACGAGAUGAUCUAUGACCAAUCUAUUCAUUUUUACUGUAUUUGAUUUACUCAGCAGCAACAGUGGUUGCUAUUGGCCAAGUUAACAAAGCACUAAGUAAGCUAACAGCAAAGCAGCAGUUAAUGCUUUCUCUUUCUUGGUCCUUCACUUGUUUGGAAGCUUUUAUUACUCUUUAUUACACUCUUGGUUACAUAAUGUGCUUGUGCCAGCUCUACUUCACACCAAUAUAUUGAGGAGCAGUAAAAGCAGGUGAACUCAGAUUGAAAGGACGUAAAGGAGAAACUUGCAUGAUUGUCAAUGAAAGCAGUGUGUAGUAGGCUUGCACUGAGCUCGGACUAAUACAAAUAAAUUAGAUAAAUAAUGAAAAUUACAUUUUAGAUUUUAUUAAUUUUUUCUGUUGUUGUUUAUUAUUAUUUUUUUGUUAAUAAAUAUAAAAUCAAGUACAUUUCUAUUCUUGGAUGCAUGUAUUUGUUAGAAAAGCAAGAUUUAAGUUGAGCCUGGUGCUAGCUAAAACACAAGGAAUGGUACUCUUCCUCACAGUGAGGAUUACAGUUUAUUGAUUUAACUCUGGUACCGGAUCAACAGAUACUCAAUGCCAAGAUCUAAGUAUUGGAUCAGAAUUGGUAAAAGCAGGAUUGGUGUGUCCCUAUUAUUGACUAACUUUGUUUGAUAGUCAUUUUGUAGAACAAUAGAGGAACAUGCAUUUGCUAAAACACAUCAGAUAACUAUCACCUACUGUCUAACAAUGAUUUGAGUUUUUAUUUGCUUUUUUGCCUGACAUCACAAACACUAAUCAGAUGGAAAAAGAGAGUAAGGUUCUAAGACUAUCUCCUCUUUAAUUAAUUUAAUUUAUUUUUACGUAAAAUCCAGCAGCUUUAGCUUCAGUCUUUUUGCACAGUAACAUGUCUGAAGGCAUCCAGUGCAUAUUUAAAUCAUUUUUUCAAGAUUAGGCAUUGGUUUUUUUUGCUAACAUUGACCUCUCAUCUCACAUGCACAGCUUGCAUUAGCCUAAUUAGCUAGUUAACAUAAAGCUAACGAAAAAAUCAACGGCUUAUCUACAAUUUAAACCUGCCUUUGUGCGUUUUAGUAGAAAAACCGCAUGAGUGCCAUACAAGAAAGCAACAGGGGGACGGGGUUUAACUUUACGCAAUUUAACCUGAAGUGGGUGAAAAAAAAUCCCUGAUACACAUGUUACAUUAAUAUGUUUUAAGGACUACUAUUUAUUUGGAUGCUUACAUGAGCAACUGCAUUACCUAUUGUGCAAUUUUAACAAUUUUUACCUCUUGGUGCACUGUUUGCAUUGGACCAUUACACAUGGGGUGCCAAAUGCAAUCACAAAUCAAUUUUAGACUGCAGAUUUUCUGUCACUAUUAACUGGUUUAUCAAAAUGUAAAAAACAACAGCAACAAAAAAAAAAAACAAUGUAGGAAUGCAGGGAAGAUGAUGUCAGAGGAUCUGUGUAUUAUUGCCAUUAUAAAGGAAAGAUUACUUCAUAUUGCAACUGCUAAAUAAUAAAUUCUUUGAA